AUGAACAAUAGAUAAUUUAAAACAGUGUUUUUAGGAAGUUCAAAUGUGGGAAAAAGUUGCAUUGUAAAAAGAAUAGUCAACAAUUAAUACGAUGGGAAGACGGAACCAACAAUUGGAAGUUCAUUUCUAUCUAAAACCAUUAACAUAAAUGGAGAGGAUAUAACAUUUCAAUUGUGGGACACAGCAGGUCAAGAAGCUUUUCGUGCCCUUACUAAAAUAUAUUAUAGAUAAUCCUAAAUUGCCAUUUUGGUGUAUGAUAUUACAAAUAAGGAUUCUUUUCGCAGUUUAGCAAGAUGGCAUGAGGAUUUGAAGGAGAAUUGCGAUGGAAAGAGGAUGAUUUUGGCUUUAUGUGGGAAUAAAGUUGAUUUGGAGAAUGACGUUGUCACCUAUACGGAAGCUAAGAAAUUUGCAGUUUCAAUUAAUGCUGAGCUAUUUUUAGUAUCCGCAAAGACUGGAUAAGGAAUAGAAGGUUUGAUAUAAAUAAAAUAUCGAGGAAAUGUUCGAUAAAGUUGGCACCAUGGCAUCCCAAAUGGAAUUAGAGAAUCCUGA